AUGAUUCUUGAAGAAUUGGUAGGUGUUUUUGUAUCUCUUGGCUCAAGUGUGGUAAAAGGAACACCACAAAUAUCCCGAGAAACUUUGCGUAGAGAAUUAAUCAUACCAGAAUUUGAGGAAAAUACUGAACGACACGAAAUAUCCAAUGGCUUCAUACACCGUGAAUACGAGCAAGAGGCGGAUCCCGAGUUGCCUUAUCAGUUCAGUAUGAAGAAAGUAUUCCGGUGCAAGCCGAUGAACAACCCAGGCGCAGUCUCCGUGAAUCAUUCUUCCAAAGUUGUAUGGCAAAUAUCGGAUUAG